GUGAGAAAUACUCGAUGGGUUUCGGACUAAAAUGUGGCAGGGCCAUGUGCUCCCCAUAAUUCAUUGAACUCGAGAUUAUAUUACGGAGAAAGAAUAAGGCAUGACGUACCUGAGCUUGACAUGGUCGCCAGUCUUGAUGGGCUUUGGCGUAGCUUUAGUAGAGGCUGAGGAGACGGAAACUGAUCGACUAGGAACGGAUGGUUUCAAUGUAAUGUUUGAGUGCCCACUACUGGUACUCGCGAAGGAGGUGAUGCGGCCGUCAUCUCUCGUCAUUGUCACUCUUCACCUUCACGACGGUCCUCGCAGCUUAGGUUAAUAGGGCGGCGCCAUCAAAGGGAGAUGAAGUGGGACAUUUCCCUGCAAAGAACAGAAUUAUAGGGCCGGUAUGUCUUGUAUCGUAAAUCGUGAAG